CCAGACUUUGUGUUUCCCUUUAAUCACUCCCUCUAGCCGAGUAGUUUUCCCGGAGUCUUUAAGGUAACCUCUGAUGUUUCCCAAUUGGGAGAGAUUUUACUUUCGGCUCUUAGCGAGAUAGUCAUACCUUCGUGGCCAUGGCCACGCCCCUUCACCACGUUUUUUAGAGCGAACCGGAAAAGAUUGCCCCGGCCCGAGUUCGUAACCCGGAAAUAGAUGUACCUCACGGAAGCCGGCUCUGGCCCUGCGGCUGCUGCUGUCGCCGGGGAGAAAUUGUUGGAGCUGGCAGCCUAGGAAUGAAUCUUCUCUCAGCCUCUAAGUCCACCUGGUCAGGAUCUUUGGAUGAGCCUGUGGGACCCUUCCUCCUAGCCCUGUGGUUUGGAACUAGUGGCUUUGGGACUGUAAGAGGAUGGACAAAGAUUCUCAGGGACUGCUAGAUUCAUCCCUGAUGGCAUCAGGUGCUGCGAGCCGCUCAGAGGAUGAGGAGUCCCUGGCAGGGCAGAAGCGAGCCUCCUCCCAGGCCUUGGGCACCAUUCCUAAACGGAGAAGCUCCUCCAGGUUCAUCAAGAGGAAGAAGUUCGAUGAUGAGCUGGUGGAGAGCAGCCUGGCGAAGUCCUCUACUCGAGCAAAGGGGGCCAGUGGGGUGGAACCUGGGCGCUAUUCAGGAAGUGAACCCUCCUCCAGUGAAAAGAAGAAGGUAUCCAAAGCCCCCAGCACUCCUGUGCCUCCCAGCCCCGCCCCCGCCCCCGGACUUACCAAGCGUGUGAAGAAAAGCAAGCAGCCACUUCAGGUGACCAAGGAUCUGGGCCGCUGGAAACCUGCAGAUGACCUCUUGCUCAUCAAUGCUGUGUUACAGACCAAUGACCUGACGUCGGUCCACCUGGGUGUGAAGUUCAGCUGCCGCUUUACCCUCCGAGAAGUCCAGGAGCGCUGGUACGCUCUGCUGUAUGAUCCUGUCAUUUCCAAGCUGGCCUGCCAGGCCAUGAGGCAGCUGCACCCAGAAGCCAUUGCAGCCAUCCAGAGCAAAGCCCUGUUCAGCAAGGCUGAGGAGCAGCUGCUGAGCAAAGUAGGAUCGACCAGCCAGCCCACCUUGGAGACCUUCCAGGACUUGCUGCACAGACACCCUGAUGCCUUCUACUUGGCCCGCACAGCCAAGUCUCUGCAGGCCCAUUGGCAGCUUAUGAAGCAGUAUUAUCUGCUGGAAGACCAGACAGUGCAGCCGCUGCCCAAGGGGGACCAAGUGCUGAAUUUUUCUGACGCAGAGGACCUGAUUGAUGACAGUAAGCUCAAGGACAUGCGGGAUGAGGUCCUGGAGCAUGAGCUGACAGUGGCUGACCGGCGCCAGAAGCGAGAGAUCCGACAGCUGGAGCAGGAACUGCAUAAGUGGCAGGUGCUAGUAGACAGCAUCACAGGCAUGAGUUCUCCGGACUUUGACAACCAGACCCUGGCAGUGCUUCGGGGCCGCAUGGUGCGGUACCUCAUGCGCUCACGUGAGAUCACCCUGGGCAGAGCAACCAAGGAUAACCAGAUUGAUGUGGACCUGUCUCUGGAGGGCCCGGCAUGGAAGAUCUCCCGGAAGCAAGGUGUCAUCAAACUGAAGAACAAUGGUGAUUUCUUUAUUGCCAAUGAGGGCCGACGGCCCAUCUACAUUGAUGGACGGCCUGUGCUGUGUGGCUCCAAAUGGCGCCUCAGCAACAAUUCUGUGGUGGAGAUUGCCAGCCUGCGAUUUGUCUUCCUCAUCAACCAGGACCUCAUUGCCCUCAUCCGGGCAGAGGCUGCCAAGAUCAUACCACAGUGAGGAGUAGGAGCAGGAACCUGGGCUUUCCCUGGCCUUGGUUUUCACUGUCAUUCCAGCCCCCUUGAGUUGGGAACUCAGGCUUCGGGCAAAACCUUUUGCUUACAGUGGGUAGCAGGAGGCCCAUCGGCUAGCUCAGAUUUGAGACUGAGGGAGGCCGGGACUGGCCAUUGGGAAGCCAGGAGAGGCUGGACCCUGGUGUUUCCCUACAGCCAGAGCUCUGCCCCCUCCUUCCUGCAGCCCACUCUUCCUGUCCUCCCCAGAGAUACCACUUUCCUGUGUCUCCAGCAAAUUAGCUUCAGACUUCAAUUGUUUUUUGAGGUUUUUUUGUA